CUCCUAGAUUCUGCCGCGUUCAUUUCGUCUCGGAAUCCUCUUGACCAUGGCUCCUUCCCAGAAAUAGUCUCCAAGCUCGGACCAGAUUGUUGGACUAGUGUGAUCGCGUUCCGCGCAAAACAAUUCGCCGCUCGCCUGUUUGAUCGUGCUCGGCCGCGUAGCGUCUUGUCUGGUGAAAACGCUUCGACCUGCAUUUUAGGUCGCGAUCUUUCCUGGCUGGUUACCAGCUGCCGUGCCUGCUGCCUGGUUUCGGUAGCGUUGCUCUCGUCGUCGACGAAUUCGCAGCCAUGGUGAUUCGCAUACAUCGAAGUCCGUGCGAUCCCCGAGCGAACUGAACGUUUGUUACAGAACACGCUCUCGUCCUUCGCCAAUCGUUGCGUUGUCUAGUACCUCCUCGUCGCAUCGUCUUUCACGAAGCCGAGCGAACAAAAUUCGUCUCGUUACCGCUGCCCCGCGUCGUAAUCGAAUCCCUAUUUUCCGAUAGCCGAUCCUUCAUGUUUUGAUAAGCGGAAGACACUGACCGGAAUUCAACCAUGGACCUAGACGGAAUGAUCAGCGGAGGGGGAAGGGGGGGCCGGGGGGGAGGCGGUCGGGGGGCUACGGCGGAAGAGGGGGCAGAGGCGGAGGCGGAAGGGGAAGAGGCGUGUGCAGAUUCUGGCUGGAGGGUAACUGUAGAAAAGGUGACAAUUGCGAAUAUUUACAUACUGAUUCCUCUGGGGGCGGGGGCGGGGGCGGGUUCGGCGGAGGUGGCGGGGGGUUCGGCGGUGGAGGGGGAAGAGGCAGAGGCGGAAACAGGGGCGGGGGAGGGGGAUGGCGGAAGUUUUGGCGGGGAGCGGUGGGGGAGGCAAAGAGUAGGCGGAAGAAGCGGGGAGGGCGUCAGGGCGCGAUUAGGUGACGGGGGAGGCGGGGGCGGAGGCGGGGGAGGCGGCGGGGAGAGGCGCAUUCCGCGGCGGAAAGCUUGCAAGUUCUGGCUGGGGGGGAGCUGUAACCGCCACAACUGCAACUUCCUACAUGCUCACACGACUGCUGCUGACGUGGAGAUGAUGACUGAGCUGACGGGGCACGAGAAGGUGGUGCGCGCCAUAGCACUUCCCGAGAGCUCCUCGCAGCUGUACACGGGCAGUCAGGACGGCACUAUCAGAGUGUGGGACUGCACCACGGGGCAGUGUGUGAGCGUUGCCGCCAUGGGAGGGGAUGUGGGAGCGCUGAUCACCAACUCUGGAUGGCUCUUUGUCGGCCUGCCCAACCUUGUCAAGACGUGGGUGCUGGCGAGUGGAGUGCAGAGCGACUUGCCAGGGCCAACAGGAUCCGUGCACCAGCUCCUGCUGCACAACGGCAUGCUGUUUGCGGCCUGCAGUGACGGCAAGAUUCUGUGCUGGAAGUUCAACCCGGCCUCGCAGCAGUUUGAGCCCGUGGCGUCGCUGACAGGUCACACGGCUGCUGUGGUGUGCCUUGAGGCCACGGCCACGCACCUCUUCUCAGGAUCCAUGGAUAAGAGCAUCAGAAUAUGGGACCUGAGCACGGGAGCAUGUGUGCACACGGUGCUUGCUCACGACCACGUGGUGAUGGCGCUGGUGGCAUGGCACACUCAUCUCCUCUCCUGCUCGCUUGACGGCACAGUUAAGGUGUGGGCGCCAUCAGCCGCGGGAGGGGGCGCUAUCGACCUCGCUUUCACUCACACAGAUGCGGACGACAAAGGGGGGAGCGGCCAGAGCGACAGAGAACCUGAUGGAGCCCUGGCCAUGCGGGUGAGCACGGACCUAGCGGGCAAUCAGGUGCUCAUGGUGGCGUACAGUGACAACUCUGUGCGACUCUACGACCUUCCAUCGUUCACGGAGCGAGGGGCACUGUUCACCGUGCAGGAAGUGCGGUCGCUGUGUGUGGGGCCGAGCGGGCUCAUGUUUACUGGAGACAGUGCAGGGACCGUCAAGGUGUGGCGAUGGACGCAGUGAGAGCUUUAAGGGGAGGAAGGGAUGGGUAAAGAGUACAGGGGGCGUUGAGGUGCGGCUGCUGUGUGUGUGGGGGCCUGAGUGGGCCCAUGUUGACCAGAGGCAGCACAGGGAAGGUCAAGGUGUGGUGGUGGACACAGUGAAGGAGGUUCAUCAGUUGCUGGGGGGGGAGGGAGGGGGGAAGAAACUAUCAAGGUGCGGUCGCUGCGCGUGGGGUCCAGUGGGCUCAUGUUUACUGGGGCAGCGGAGGGAUGGUCAAGGCGUGGUGCUGGAUGCAGUGACAGGCAGGAGAGUUUCAAGAUAUUUCACUCGGUGCAGUGCGGCCCAAAAGCAGCAAUGAUGCAGUUGUUGUUACCGUGAGGGGACCAGCCAAGGCUCAUGUAGGGCAACGUGUUUAUUGUAGGCUCGGAAUGGAAGCAUUGGUAGCGUUUGACUUGUUUAGGGUUUGGACUACGGAUGUAGCAAGUCUCAUAAGCCUGUUUAGGGUGCUAUUAGAUAGAGGCAAGGCAGAUCCAAACUGCUUGAAUCAAUGGCAGCCUAGGAUGGAUAAGGGGGAUCUAGGAGAGCUCAGGGGAAUAGUGGAGGUAAGAAAGUGUGCAUCCAACUUAUGGGGCUUGGGGAUUAGAUGACAUGCCAUUACAAAACAUGUAGGUACUUGUAAU